CCACCCCUUACUGUUGAAAAUAUAACACGAUUACGUGAAAAAGCAACAGCGAGCUCUAAUCCACUGGAACUUCUUGAAUUUGCCAUGUUUCUGGUUGAAGCAGCACCACACGUAUAUGCGGACGAAGGAGAUCAGAGGAUUACUCAAAAACGAAGAAACUCUUUGUUACAUGAAGCCCAAAAGAUUGUUAAGAGAUUAGCUGCAAAUGCAAACAUAGCAAAAUCUGGAUGUUCGGAAGCUCAGUUUUUUCUUGCAAAUUGCUACGGAACAGGUGUUAUGAAGACUCCUAUUGACCCCGAAAAAGCAUUUAAUUUUUACUUACAAGGGUCCAAACAAAAUCAUUUACAGUGCUGUUAUAGAGUUGCAGUAUGCUAUGAGAUCGGUACAGGGACUAAGCGAGAUAAUAAUCGUGCGAUACAAUUCUACAGAAAAGCAGCCAAAUUGGGAGAUCCAUUGUCAAUGUAUAAACUUGGCAUGAUUCUUUUGAAUGGAUUUCUAGGAGUCCAUAAGAACGAGCGGGAAGGAGUUUCCUGGAUCAGACGAGCCGCCCAGUCAGCGGAUCAAGACCAUCCGCAGGCACUACACGAACUUGGUGUCAUAUAUGAACAAACUAAUAUCGUAUACAUCCUCCCUGAUAUUGACUAUUCUCGUGAGCUAUUUACCCAAGCAGCGCAGUAUGGAUUUGCUCCCUCGCAGCGUAGACUUGGACUGGCAUAUGAAAACGGAUCAUUAAACUGUCCCAUAAAUCCUCGUCGAUCGAUCGCUUGGUAUUCCAGAGCUGCAGAACAAGGCGAUGUAGAGUCAGAAUUAGCGUUGUCUGGAUGGUAUCUCACAGGUGCAGAAGGAAUACUUCAACAAGAUAGCUUUCAAGCUUAUCUAUGGGCACGAAGAGCAGCAGACAAGGGAUUUUCAAAAGCAGAAUAUGCUGUAGGAUACUAUACUGAGACUGGUGUAGGAGUCCAAGAAAGCCUAAAAGAGGCUAAAAGAUGGUAUCUGCGCUCAGCUUCCAGUGGAAACCAACUAGCAAAGAUUAGGUUGGAUAAUAUAUGUACACCUGAUAAUGAAACAUCUAAACAAAAAAUGAAAAUAUGUAAUUCUAAUGGGAAAUUUAAUGCCAAAUCCCGAGAAUGUAUUAUAAUGUAG